UUUUAAAGAAUACAGAACACCCUCUUUCACUCCGAGUAGCUACUCUCACUUUCCAAACCCUAGCCAGCACUACACGCACUCUCUCUCUCUCUAUCUAGAUGUCGAGCGCCGAUCCCGAGCACCGGGAAGAGGAGGAGGCACCUGCCGCCGGCGAUGAUGAGGAUACCGGAGCUCAGGUGGCUCCCAUCGUCAAGCUCGAGGAGGUUGCUGUCACCACAGGCGAAGAGGACGAAGAUCCCAUUCUAGAUCUCAAAUCGAAGCUUUACCGGUUCGACAAGGAUGGGAAUCAGUGGAAGGAGAGAGGCGCGGGUACCGUCAAGUUUCUGAAGCACAAGGUUUCUGGCAAGGUUAGGCUUCUCAUGAGGCAAUCCAAGACCCUCAAGAUCUGCGCCAAUCAUCUCAUUUUACCUACGAUGUCUGUGCAAGAGCAUGCUGGGAACGAGAAAUCUUGCGUUUGGCAUGCCAGGGACUAUGCAGACGGUGAACUCAAGGAUGAGCUUUUCUGCAUUCGUUUUCCUUCAAUUGAAAAUUGCAAAAGCUUCAUGGAAACAUUCCAAGAAGUUGCUGAGUCCCAGAAGAAAGAGGAAAGCGAGGAUGCAUCUGCAGCAUCUGGUCUUCUUGAGAAAUUGAGUGUUGAAGAGAAGGCUGAUGCAGGGAAGAAAGAUGAAGAGAAGUCUGAUGACAAAACUGGGGAACAAGAAUCUGCAUCAGGAAGUAAGGCAGAUGCAGAUAAGAAAGAUGAAGAGCCUGUGUCCUCAGCUUGAGUAUUAUAUAUUCAUAUUUCAGUCUACUUGGCAAUCUGACAAGGUUAGGUGGUCGAUGCUUUUGCCGCCCAUAUCUUGGGAUGAUCUCUCAUAUUUUAAUAGUCUUCGGAUUGUGUCACUGCCAUGCAAUUGAGCUGUUUGUGUCCUCUUGAGUUUUUGUCAGCAAGCGAAGUUAGGGUUCGGUUUGAAUUUUAAGGUUUGACUGGUUGAGGUUUCUGGGUCUGGGAGUUUAUUUGUUAUUGUCAUUUUCAUUCUACAUAUGUAUUUGUUGCGAGUCGAGUAAUGAGUCACGUUGGUUGGGAGGGUGCAGUCGAGAAAUAGUCAAAAGUUAUAAACAAAGGUCUUGGAUACAAAUUGUUUGAGUUUCACAUUUUUUCAGGACUCAAACUACGUGGUUUUUUUUUUACGGCUGCUCAUGUUAUAAUGUUCAUCAUUCAUGAGCUGCAAGUCAAGCAAACUUCUCGGUAGAGCUAGCUUUAAUUUUUUUAUCAUGUUGCCUUCAAUAGAGGGAAUGAAACAUGA